CCAAGGCCGCCGAGAUUUGAAGAACGAUGACUGUCGGCUAGUUAACAUCAUCAGAUUCGAAGUUUAACUACGGAAGAAUGUAUGAAGCUACGCCGACAUCUCCUAUUAUAGCAGGCUUUUUAGAGGGCAAUGACAACUUGGAUGUCGGAAGUAGUUUCAUGAGUAUUUUUGAAAACAACAGCCUAUAUGAAGAGGUUGAGAAUUUGGGAAUUGAGCCUGCUUUGGUGGGCUUUUUAAGAGAUGAAUGUGAAGCACAUGAAAUGUGUGACUUUGGUGGUGAUGGAGUAAUAUUGAACCCACAUCCCAUUUCAUUUGCAAGUAUAACGAAUGUACGUGAUGCAACUACUUUCAUUACGUUGUUAGAAGAAGAGGGAGACUUGCAUGUCCAGGGGGCAGUGGGGACUAGUGCAAACACCAUAAACUGGAUCCCGCUUCACAAAAGCUUCAACUCGACUGUUGUAGAAGCAGGGGGUUAUGACCACUUGACCUUUCUUGAAAAGGAUUGCCGGAAUUACGUGGAGCAAGUGAGGCGAGUUAAAAUAUGUGCCGGAGAAGCCAUGGCAAUCCAAGCUUAUUUUCAGAAAUUGCAAGCACAAUGUGAUGGUAUGUCGUCUACACAAAGGAGUGAGAGCAUGAAUGCCUUUUUUGAUGGGUAUGUGCACUCAAAAACAACUUUGAUGCAAUUUGUUGAACAAUAUGAGCGUGCAUUGAGGAACAAGUGUGAAAAAGAAUUCUUAGCUGAUUCAUUAUCAUUUGCAAAGACGUUGCCAUGUGCCUCUGCAUAUCCCAUCGAGAAACAGCUCCAAACGGUCUACACUAUAUCCAAGUUCCAAGAAUUUAAAACAGAAAUGAUUGGAAAGAUGUACUGUCACAUUAUGAGUCAUGGGAAUGGUUCCUUGUAUACGGUAGGAGAAGACGUAAUUGGAGAGGGAUUUCACAAACGGAAGAACUUUAAGGUUGAAUUCGAGAGGGAAACAAAUUUUGCAAAAUGUGAAUGUCAUCCUUUUGAAUUCAGAGGAACGAUUUGCAGGCAUUGCUUGUGCGUACUAAUCCAAAACGAUGUAAAAGUCCUUCCAGAGACGUAUAUUCUCAGUAGAUGGCGACGAGAUAUUAAGAGGACUUACACAGUUGUUCGGAUGGAAUAUGAUGGAUUGCCCCGUACAGUUGAGCAAAGGAGGUAUGACAUGCUUUGUGCAAAGUUCCAAGAAUUUGCCCAGAUCGCAGCUGAUGAUGAGGAACGCACAAAAGAUAUUGUGGCUUGGAUCGAUAAACAACUGCUUAUCCCAUCUCUGAGAAAGGCAAGUGAGGAACGUAUUCCCGAGAACAUGGAAUUGGACAAAACUUUGACCAAAGCUAUAUUGGACCCUACUUAUUCGAAACGAAAAGGGGGCCCCAAGAAAAAUAGGCUGAAAUCGGUUUUCGAGAAUAAAAACAGGAAAAGAAAGCAAGACAAGAAGAUUCGAGAUGAUAACGGUAAGAAAAAAAGUAGUGAACAACGUAAGGUGAACAAGAGCAAGCGGGGAAACCCUGAUCAGCCAUCCACAACCCUUUUUACAAGCGUUGGUGACAUAGGUUGUGAAAAUAUGCCUACAUGGGAUUGGCCGGGAGAAGAUGUUGUGUAUGACCUAACUUGCCUAAAUCUUGACCUCAGGCUAUGAAUCGGUAGACGGCCCAUCUUUUUUUGUUAAUAUUUUGCUAUGCAUUUGCUCACACAUUUUUUGGUAAGUAUCACUAUGUAAUAUUUUGUAUUCACUACUUACAGAUGAUGUAAAUAAACAUAUUUUGUGGGCAAGUUGAACAAUAUGUAAAUACUAGUAUUGCUAUGUAACAGUUUAACAUGUUGAUGUAAUUGUUUUUUGUUCAAUACACCAACACUUACUGUCAGGGCGGAAGUGGAUAUGUUUUGUUGUGUUACUAAGUGUGUGUUCUUGUUUUGUUAAAAAAAGCAUUGGUUAAUGU